UGAACUCCGAUCUUUCGAGGGCACAACAAGAGUUUCGACGACGGGGCGACACUGGAUUUGCGUGCAUGAAGGUCGACGACGGCAGCGGCGCAGCAAUUGCCGUGGAGUUUGCGAUCGAGGAAGGGACGUUGGAGAUCGGGUUGAUACCCCGCAAGGUGUGGAGACGAUCGCCAGUCCUACCACCCCCGACGGAGAAACCGUCAUCUGGCAACGAAAAUCGACGCCAGACCGAGUUGACGCUGCACGAGUUCGUUCGACCAUGGCGUUCGUUCCGAGCGACUAAGAAGACACCGACCGAAGAUGCUGAGACAUGUCCUGAAGUUGACGACUCGCCCAGGAGCAAGGAUGAUCCACAAUUUCGACAAAAACGGGACGAGCCGCAUGACAACAUCCUGCACCAUUACGAGCCGAAUCCUGCACCAGUGGCCCCCUUAUUCCCGCACGAACUGCGCGCACCCAAUUGUUUCCGUGAUGUUACGGCUGUCGAAGGGUCCAUCGCGUUCAAAGUAUCGUGCAAAGUUGUGUUUAACAUUGGCGCGAUCGAACCCGUGACGUGUCGCCUUGCUCUCUACGACGUAAACACUGGUGGGCGUGCAAGUGAAGAGUUUGUGUUUCAGGUGAAUCCGUCGCUGUCCACCGCAAAGGACGCGCGGUUCUUCAAGAGCGCCCUCUUCUAUGUCCUCCCCACGCAUUAUGCACAAAGUUUGUACUUGGUGUUGCAGACGUCGAAGGUCCUUCAGGGUGAUGCUGAAAUUUCGUCGCUGCAUUAUUGCCAGCCUGAAAAGUUCAUGUCCGAGUCAGAACAAGCAAAGCUUGCCGACAAAGCUACCGAGUGCACGGCGCGACUUGGCGGGUCGAUCCAACAGCCUCUCGCGUGGGGUGCUGUCACGCUCUCGGAAGGAAUUCGCCAAAUGAUUUUGUACCGUCAAAAGGCGAGUCUCAGCGACGAGGCGCGUCUUGCGAUGAUCGUGGAUGCGUCGAAAGGGGCUCUAAAGGAAAAGACUGUGCCGUGCAUUUGCGAAUUGGACGUCGAAAAAGUCGACGACGUGACUGUUCGCAACGCGAAGAAGCGGACGCUCGAGAUGAAGGUCUCACCGACAGCGACUGCACUGCUGUACUUGGUCGACCCCAUGUUUCACACGUCCUCGGGGGCAUCUACAGGCAGUGCUUCGGCGGCCAACCAAUUGCCAAACACGCUGCACUGGUGCCGUGAGGUGCAGCCGUUCUGCCCACCGCAAACCGCAACGACGUGGGGGCCGUGUGGUAGCGGACCCGUCGCUGUAUCAUACGUGCACGCGCUCUACUUGUAUCCCCAUGCCGUGGACCGCUUCCAGCAUCGCAAUGUCGCGGUAAAAGUUCAGAUGUUCCACGAAUCAAUGGAGCUCGCAUGCUUUGCAUCGUCGACAUCGCUGGCCCUCGCCACGGACGUGUACUGCCAUGUGUCGUACCACCAAAAGGCGCCUUCGUUUGAGGACGAGAUCAAGAUUCUGCUCCCCUUGACUCUCGAUCCUUCCUACCACGUUGUGUUUACGUUUUACCAAGUGCAUUGCAAAAAAGUGGCGGCAGGCAAACUCCCCACGGAUAUAAUUGGGCGCGCGGUGCUUCCGAUUGUCGAUAAACAACAUGGAGCAGUCAUCGCUGACGUAGUGCACACCCUUGUCGUGACGGACGGUGGCGGCGGAAACGGUGUGGUAUCUACUCUCACGAGCAACACCAGCGGUGCUGCAAGUGGCGCGGGGGCACCGCUGUUUCAAGUCCGAUCGCGGCUGCUGUCCUCUGUGUACAGCCAAGACAGCGCCAUCCAGUCCUUUUUCCAAUUGUGGGCUCAAGUCGAAACAUCUCAUGAUGAAAUUGUGGCGCGCAUCGUGUCGCUGAAGGCAGCACCUAGCAUCGGCGUACGCCACCAUGCCCUUCGCCUCUUUCGACAGCUCCUCGAUUACCUCUGCCAUCCACAUCGCCCCAUUCGCGCGGCUGCGUUUGCCACGUGCUUGGCGCUGUUUGACAAGUGCUGCAUGUCGACGACUGUGACAGCUACUGCCGCGGCAGGAAACACUGGUCGCAAGCCUCAUGACGGAGGUGGCUCGAUUGUGCUGCAGUACAUUGACGCUAUCUUUGACGAGCCCGCUGCAGCGUCCCCACCCCCCCAAAGCAAUGGUGCUCCAGACGACAGUCGUCCGCUCAAAGUGUACGAGUCUGUCAUUGAUGAAUGGAUCGCCCUUGUGACUGAACCGAGUCCAAUGCCACCUCCCAACGGGCGAGGGAACACGAUUCAUUCCGCUAGUGCGAGCGAGCCCCGUCGAUUGGCCAUGGCCCACUCUAACACGCUGCUUCAUCUUGUCUUGAAGAGCAUCGCGCUGUCGCUUGUGUCAACGUCAUCGAGCCACCACCACGUCCUCCCACUGCCAAUGCCAGAUGUGCAUGUGGUGGCGGGCCUCCUAGACGUGCUCUUGGAUGCUUCCCUCCUCACCGAUGACGGGUUUAUCGCGCGGAAGGAUAUGCUACAAAGCCUUGGUCGUUUUUCGCUCGCGCUGUUUUGGAUUGUCAAGAGUCCAGUCGCUGCGCAGUGGAUCCAGCGCGCUGUCCCUCGACUCGCGUCGACCAAAGAUUCCGCCGUCAUGAUUCACAUGACGUUUCCAUUCCUGCGCAUUCUCGCCGACGCCGACGCGUUUGUCGCGAUCAACACAACCGUCGCCAAGGUGGAUCAGAUACGAACCAAGGACGACCAUCGCCACACGGUGCAUGCGUCUCCUGCGGAUGUCGUAGCAGCAGCCACGGCUCGUACUGAUGAGGGACUCGAGGAUGCCUGGCUUGCCCAGCUCCUGGUGGCAGCGCUGCUCCAGGUAGCAACGGACCAGUCGGAAGAAAAAAUCAAAUCCCAAGCGAUGGCGAUUUUACGACGGCUCUUGGUCGUGCAAAUGAGUGGUGCCAAGUCGAGUCAAAAAGAACGGGUCGCCAUGAUGCUGCUACCUGGGGUCCCCAACAUGCUCACGCUCGUCCAUCAGCUCGAUGGCGACGACUUGCCAACGUCAUCGAGUCUCGACGGUCUCAAGCGCGACCUUUUGCUGUGCAUUGUUGCGACGUUGCAGCAUGUCCCGGAGAAACAAUUGAAAGGGUUCUGGAAGCCCAAGGCGCUGCUGCCGUCCACAACGUACGAGAGACAUCGCCACAGAGACGACAUGUCGGAUUGGCAGAACGAGAAACUGCGCGCCCAUGUCCUGCGGGCGAUCCAGACGCUGCGCUUUGUCAUGGACACGUUUCUCGGCGACGGCUUACCGUGGCAACAAGUGUUGUCGCCUGACUGUACCGACCAGACCAAGCCGCCCCAACUCUCCCUUCUCGACAUUGAAGUAUACAUGAAGCAGCGCAAUAACCGACGUAGUCAGCUCACGGACGAGGCGAAUACGUUGAGUCCUCGCAACGGUGGUGGAGGCAUCUGCAUAGUGGGCAACAAUGGCACAGCGAGCGGCACCGGUACUCAAUCUCCGGGAGGUCCUGGGUCGGCGCACCAUCGGUCAUUGCCCCGAAAUUGGGGCAAGCACUACAUGGCCCAACGCAAGAACAGCAUGGACACCAAGCCCGACGACGAAAACGGCGCCGCCUCGUCGGACAAAGCCGAAAUUGACAUGGAAAGCCACGCCAAGCGUUUGGCGACCGCAGUCGCCCGUACUCUCGUCACGGCAAUUCAAACGCUCAUUCACGAAUUCAGUCGGAGCCUUGGCGCGAACCAGGCGUUCCUUGCAACAGUCGUGGAUUUGUGGUACUUGUUAUUAACCCGCAUCGGUCACGGUCACUUUGACGCUGACGUUGUGUCGUGUGUCCUGGCCCACCUCACAGCGUUCCUCGGACGGUUCCAAACGCCGCUGUUUGCCCACUCGAACGUCCUCUUCAUGACGGACGAUGCCUGGUGCGAACAACUCGUCGUUCUUGCCGCCAGUGGAGCGCCAACUGCCCCACUGGCCGCGACAUUCGUGUGUGACCUCUUGGCCACGAGUUUUAGCCAACGCGGCAACUUUUUGCGAAUGGAGCAUGCCCUCGUCCGAGUGGUGGCCAAGCAACUCCACCUGCCGCUGCUGCCAAAUUUACUGGAUGCCAUGGAUACGUUUCCAGGGGUGCCGCCGUUCCGUCCGCGGCUCACAGCACUCGUCGCGUCGCUGCGACGACUUGUUACGACGUGGCAGCAAUACGAAUCGGCCAUGACAACACUCGGGACGUCGUGGCCGACCAACGACGAGGUCACCACGGGACAAGUGGAGUCGCUGACGGACGCGUUGGUGGCGGUAGCGGUGGCGAUACCACCGGAGGACGAUGGUCUCUUUGACGUUCAUGUCAAGUUCAUCGACGCGUUGGCUCGGGUGCAUAUUACGUGCGGCCAGUUUGCCGAGGCUGCCAAGUGCAAGCUGCAUCUUGUGGACAUGGCCUCCGCUCGAGGGACGGGCGGGGGCCGCCGCUGCGGCAGUCCCGAUGACUUCAUUCUGUCGCAAUUCAAAUUCGCGCUCACGUACUUGUCGCCCCAAACGACGUCCACGCCAUGGUUGCUGCCAGAAAUGGCGCUGUCGAUCGCCCAAGAUAUGUUAGCAGUGUGCCUCAAGUUGCAAAACUUCACCGAGUACGCCGCGACGCUGAAGCUCAUGGAUUCUGUCGUGGCUGGUGUGCUCGCUCAACAAGGCGGUGCCAAGCAAGACAAGGACAUGCCGCCCGUGUCGCGGUACUUUUUGGUGGCAAUCGUCGGGACGGCAGAAAAUGUCCCGGACUUGGGCGUCGAGUUUAUCUACAAACGAUCGGCCUUCUGCCACGUAUCUGAAAUGAUGGCGUCCAUCGAGUCCGGCUUGAAUGCGUGCUUUCCACAAUUGAAGGUGAAGCCCAUGAGCCUCGCCAAGGUCGCCGCCGAUGGUGGCUCGGUCGACGAUGCCACGACCGUAUACAUCAAAGCUACGCCAGUGGAACCAAUGUUUGCCGGCGAGUGCGGCCGCACCUUCAUGUGGAGCAGUCCGUUUUCUGUCGCCAAGCACCAGUUCGUGCGCAAGGUGGUGCUGCACGUGCGCCAUGACUUUCCAUACCUGUCGCUUCGGCAAGUCGUUGUUGCAAAGGAGGAAAUGAUUCGGUGCCCGAUCGACACGGCCACCGACGACAUCGCCAAGCGGACGGUCUCGCUGCUCAAGAUUGUUCACCGCGACGAAAAGGGCCUCCCCCACGAUAUCAAGGCGAUCACGCAUCUGUUGAAAGGCAGCAUCAACACCGAAGUCAAUGGCGGCGCGCCCGAAGUGAUUCAAUUGUUCCUCGCCAAGGGCGUCGUGUGUGUGGACAAAGAUGCGAAUCCGAUGACACCGACUGCGCAGACUGAAAAGCAGACAGAGCUUCGCGCGGCGCUCCUCCAGUUUCUUCAUGUCGCGCUCGCUGUGCUCGCAAUCAGCCGUGACCUUUUUCGACGGACAAACCACCGGCCAACACCGUCGAUGGGCGGAAUGCUACCGACCACCGCGACCAAUGCCAGUACCGUCAUCGGCGCAAGUGGCAGCAGCAACUCGCACACGAUCGACGACGCGGACGCCCUGCUGUUGGCGCCGCUGCAAGGGGAAUUUGAAAAAGCGUUUCGGAAUAUUGUUGUUAUGUUGGCCGCCACGUACGAUGUCGAGCCUGACAAUGUGGUGGCGCUGAAGGCUGCGGCUGCGUUCAAGCUCGGGCUGACGCUCUAACUAGCGAUGGCAUGUGAAGCAAGGGUGAGGACGGCCAGACGUGUUGAACAAAAAGAAUGCAGCGAUGUGACUAUUUGCCACCAAGGAGAAGCUCCUUCGCUUCGUUAAUCUUUGUACUGAUGAACGUGGACCCGCCAGUAUCAGGGUGGUUUGCGAUGAGGAGCUUGCGAUGGGCAUUGCGAAUGCGGUCGGCGCUUGCGCUUUCACGGACGCCCAGAAUCAAUGCCGCUUCUCGCCGCGUCAUUUUUUCUUCAAACGGCCCGUCGUAAAAGUUGCGGUACGACAUGUUGAACAUGCUAGAGGACGCAGACGACUUGUCGGUGCCAGACGCCGCCUUGUUCGCUUUGUAGCCUUCGUACGCUUCGAGAAGGUACUUGCCCCCGAGAGCGGCAGCUGCAACUCCAAGGCUCCCAACGACAAUUGCAUUCUCUUGACGACGAGUCGCAUGCAAUGAGCGUCGUUGCUGCGUGUCUGCUUGAAGGUGUGGCAAGCAUCGGGGCAAGAUCGUCUUCACCGAGGUGCGGGACACCGCGCGCUUCGUCACUUGCGCCAGCAUCGUCGUGAAUUCCGUGAGUGGAAGCAGCGAAUUCCUUCCACCAUCCCAGAUCAAUUCCAUCCGAUUGGUGAAAAAACUUCACAUUUUAUCCAA